ACCGGUGGACGAAGGAGGGAGGCGUCCAAAAUGGACAGACAGCAAAAUCAAACACGGAAGAAGAGAGGUGCGGUGAAGACAGAGGAGCAGGAGGAGAUGCAGGAGUGUGGCAGGGAAGCCGAGGAGCACAGUGAGCAGGAGGAGAGUAGUGCCGAAGUGGAAGCAGGAGGUAGCAGGAAGCAGGAUCCAGAGACUCCGAUCACCAUUGUGAUGUCUUUAGAAAUCCUCUUCAAGAAGAAGAAGCAGAGCAGCAGCUCAAUGAGCCCUGGACCUGCCUUCUCCUUUGUCAAGGCUCUGAAGGCAGCGAAUGCUAAAAUUAAGAUGCGUUACCCUGAGACUGAGGAGCUCUUUAAGGUCGUGCUCAUCCAUGACAACCCAGACUUGACAAACAGAAUCAUCAACGACUACAAUCUGGAGGACAUAAUUACUCCCUUGUUAGUGAGGGAAGAGGAUCUCAUAGGUGAAUUACAGCGAAACAAUACCCAUGUAUACCUGUCUGCUCCAAGUGAGCUGAAGGUUCCAGAUGUGAUAAAAGCGGGCAUUGCAGCUGCUGUCAUGGACACCCCUGAAAAAAUCACAGACGUGCCGGAGACCCCGCUGCGUGUUGUCUUCGAUGGUGACGCUGUCCUCUUCUCUGAUGAGUCUGAGCGUGCUUACACUGAACGUGGACUAGAAGGGUACUUGAAAAAUGAGAGAGAAAAGGUCAACGUGCCAAUGCCCAAAGGACCAUUUAAGGACUUCCUGGAGGCUUUAGGAAGGCUGCAGAAGAAAUUUAAAGAAAAAGAUUGCCCCGUUCGUACCUACCUGGUGACAUCUCGUGAUGCAGGCAAUGCAGGAUACAGAGCCCUAAACACUCUGAAGACAUGGGGUCUGGAGAUUAAUGAGGCUUACUUUUUGGGAGGGUCUCCCAAAGGCCCUGUGCUUAAGACGAUCUGCCCCCACAUCUUUUUUGAUGACCAGAUACGUCAUGUUCAGGGCGCAAUGAAGGAGGGCGUGGUGGCAUGUCAUGUGAAAUACCAGUAGAGUAUCUAAGCCAUAGGGUCACAGGGUACAGCUAAUGACCAUUUUAACAAUAAAAGCAAAAAAAUAAAAACAUAAAUUUUUUUUUAGACACAAUCAUUAAAUUGUAUUACUUUACCUGUUGGGUUUUUUAAUUUGGUGUUUUUUUCUGGCUACUGCUUUCUGCAUAAACUUUUCAUUUGUCGAUCUAGCAUGUAGGUGGUGUUAACUAUGUACUGUCUGUGCCUGAGGUAGUUUUAAUAUAACAAAUUUAAGGCAACAUGGGAAACAGAGCAGAAUUCAUCUGUCACACUUCAUUCAGAGGCAUUCAGUCAUCCUCUGCCAGCCCUACCCAUUCCACUGACUGUCCCGUUGUUUCAGAUCCUGCUCUGCAGGGCAGCCACUUUACCAGUCACCUGACUCCCACACACACCUGCUCACCUGUUCCCCAUUUCCUCAUUUGUAUCCUGUCUAUUUCUGAACCUGCGUUUUGCCUGCUCCCUUUUGUCCUGAUUUUUUUGCUUUCCUUUUGCUGACCUCUGCCUGCUGACUUUACCCCCUCACCUUUUUCCCUUACCUGCUUUGUCUGCAUUACCUGUUGAAUGAAGGAGAUAAUGAAUGGAGCAGAGAGAGCAGGACUAAUCCUCUGGAGACCAUAAGUGCCUGUACAAACCCAUCUGGCUCACCCUGUGUGAUAUGGCUACCUGUAGCUUUUGCCAGCACAUAGAUUCCAGCAUAUGCAUUGGAAAGGUCUCCUCACAUCCUGGACACCAUCAAAGCACAAUCCACCAAACUCAAAAACAGUUUCUUUCCCAUUGCCCUAAACAUAUUUAACUCGAACAAGCAUUGAAUGACCCCUUAGUUAAAAUAUGAUGACUGUCUCUCUAGGGCAAUGUCUACUGAGUUGUUGGUUGUGGUUGUUUUUUUGCUGGUACUGUUUUGUUUCCCAGUGUCUUUUUUAAUGCUAAUAAUAAUGCUAAAACUAAUACUAAUAUUAAGACUAAUCAGGAGUAGUGCUCCUAAUUUCGUUGUAUUCUGUACAAUAACAAUAAAGGCUUUCUGCUACGGG